AUGGCUCCCGUUUCAGACUACGUCAAGAUUGACAAGAACCCCUCUCUGCAGGUGACUGCUGACCACCGUAUCGAGGUGGUGGAAGCCCCAAUUGAAAAGCCUGGUUCCGGUAAAGUGCUGGUGCACAUCAAGACCACCGGUAUUUGCGGUUCUGACAUCCACUUCUGGAAGUCUGGUAACAUUGGUGAGCUAAAAGUGCUUGGAAACUGUAUCCUCGGUCACGAGGCUGCAGGUGAGGUUGUCGAGGUCGGUGCCGAUGUUACCAAGCUCAAGGUUGGUGACCGUGUCGCUGUCGAGCCUCAGCUUCCUUGUGGAAAGUGUUUCCUUUGUAUGCAGGGAGACUACAAUUUGUGUCAGGAUGUUGAGUUUUCGUCUGUGUACCCAUACGAUGGUACCAUGCAGCGUUACAAGGUGCAUGACGAACGCUUCCUUCACAAAUUGCCCGACUCCAUGACCUAUGCCCAGGGAGCUCUUGUUGAGCCUGUUUCGGUGGCAUACCACGGAGUUGAGCGUUCCAGUGUGACCCUCGGAAAGCCAGCAAUGGUUGCUGGUGCAGGUCCAAUUGGUCUGUGUACUUUGGCCUUGGCCAAAGCCAUGGGAGCCACUCCAUUGUUGAUCACCGAUAUCUCAGCAAAGAGACUUGAGUUUGCUAAAAAGUUUGUCCCAGAGGUCUUGACUUACCAAAUUGACACUACUAAGACGAACCAAGAAAACGCCGUUGCCAUCCGCAAGAUCUUCGGUGACUCUGAGUAUGUUCAACCACCUAGUGUGCUCGAGUGCACCGGUGUUGAGUCUUCCAUCAACACUGCCGCUUACGUUGUGAGACGUUCCGGUGUGCUAACCGUGAUCGGUGUUGGUCGUGGAGACAUUAACAACUUCCCAUUCAUGCACUUGUCGCUUGCCGAGAUUGACGUUAAGUUCAUCAACCGUUACCACGACUCAUGGCCUGCGUGUAUCAACCUGAUUGCCAACAAGGUGAUCAACGUGGACUCGCUGGUGACCCACAGAUUCCCUCUUGAGGAUGCUGACAAGGCCAUGGCCACCUCGAGUGACCCUUCGAAUGGAAACAUCAAGGUUGUGAUCGAGGACUAA